AUGGUAAGAGGUGAUUGUUUUUCAAACCAUCCAAUCCUUAACGGAACCAGCGGUGUUGGCAAUGUUACCAAUAUCGGAGGUGUUAAUUGCUAUGUCACUGGUUGCAGUCUCUCCGCCAUCGCCAUACUUCUUAUUUCUGAUGUUUAUGGAUAUAAAGCACCACUUUUAAGGAAAAUUGGUGACAAGGUUGGAGAUUCUGGGUAUUAUGUUGUGGUUCCUGACUUGUUAAAUGACGACCCUCUUGAUCCUAAGAAUUUGAAAAGGCCAAAUAAUGUUUGGUUAAAAGACCAUGAACCGGGAAAGGGUGUUGAAAUUGCAAAACCUAUUAUUAAAGCCUUAAAAAGUAAAAAUGUUUCUGCUAUCGGAGCUGCUGCUUUCUGUUGGGGUGCUAAGACAGUUACUGGUCUUGCAACAGCCAACCUUACCCAAGCUUCUGUGCUAUUACAUCCAUCAUAUAUCACUGUGGAUGACGUCCGUGGCAUUAAAACUCCCAUUGCUAUACUUGGAGCUGAACAUGAUUCACUCUCUCCUCCAAAGCUUGUAAAAGAGUUUAAACAAGUCCUAGAUGCUAAACCAGAGGUUAUUAGUUAUGUAAAAAUAUUUAUGAACGCCUCACAUGGUUGGGCUCUGAGGUAUGACCCUAAAGAUCCAACAGCUGUGAAAGGGGCAGAGGCGGCACACAAAAUCAUGAUAGAUUGGUUUGAUAAGCAUCUAAAGAAGUGAGAAAUCCAGUGU